AUGUUUGCUUCGAGAUUGGGAAUAAGGGCCGGAAUGAGAAACGCAUUCCGGUUGAAAUUCCGGCCAAUUCGUUUCAACUCCACCAACACAAACACUUCCAAGAAGCCAACGGGAAUCAAGCUGUUGAUGCAGGAGUAUGGUUAUUCAGCCUUGGGAGUCUACUUUGGACUCAGUUGUAUCGACUUGCCAAUCAUGUUUUUGGUGGUCCAUUCGGCCGGAGAAGAAAAGAUAGAAGAGUACCAGGACAGAUUUCUGAGAUGGAUCGGGUGGCGUAAGGGCGAACCGCAACCUCCCAAUCCCGACGCCGAGCCAGAAAACAGCUCAGAUUCCAAAUACUCAACACUGUGGACAGAGUUUGCAGUCGCUUACGCUUUGCACAAAUCGCUUAUUUUCAUCCGACUACCAAUCACUGCGGCCAUCACUCCAACAGUCGUUUCCAAACUGCGUAAAUUGGGUUUCAAUGUCGGAAAGAUCCCCAGCGCCGCAAGACAAAGCGUUGGCGAACAAGGCAUUCGCAAAACUCUUACCGCGGACGGCGUGAAAAACAUGGCCAAAAACAUCAACGCCGAUCCUGCGGCGCUCAACCCGAAGUUUGGCAAGUCUGCAUCCAAGGGCCAGAGAUGGUUCUUUUAG